AUGACAUCAUCAGAGUUUGUGUUCUCAAAUAAUCACCAUCCUCGCCUGUCCAAUGCACCUCGUUUUAAUUUACCUGUACCGUCGAAUGUAAAUGGCACUGAUGAUUUGAGAAGAUCGGCAUCAUGCGCAACAACUCCAACAUCGACAUCACCGGCGAACUUCUAUACACCUCUUCCUGUCCCUCAGAUCCGUUUUCCUCAACCGAAUAUGUUUGCUUUUCCGCGAUAUGCAGCACCACCAGCUCCAGCACUAACGAGAAAGCCAAUUCAUUUCAAGCCUCCUGAACAAGAUAUACUUGACAAGAAUUUUUUUCGAACAUUCAACAUGGAACAGAAAGAAGACAAUUCGGAAAAGAUUAACACAGCUAAUCCAGCAGCUUCUACCUAUUCGCCAAGUGACAGUUCAAAUUUGAUCGAUAUGACUAUUGAUCCACCAUCAGCUACGUUACUAACUGGUAAUGUCUUCGAGUUAUUUGAUCCAUUACAACAGCCAAAUCGGCCACGCUCUUGGCCAGCAAAACUCAACGAAGCUGGAACGACAACGAGUACACCUCCAUUUGUGACACCGACAAGUGAGGCAUCACCAACAUCCCUAGCAGGAGGAUUACCAAAGUCACCUGAAGCAUCAUCAACAUCCUCCUACCCGCAUCCAAUUAAAUUACGAUUGAAAUUAACAACAUUUCCUGAGAUCCAGUCUUUUAGCCGAGUCGUCCAACAAAUUCGAAAUGAGGCCCAAACAGAACAGGUAUCAGCCAAUGAAAUAUUCUAUUGUAAACGUGUUCAACGUUUAACAGCUCAACAUCUCGAACAAAAACAGUUACCGGUUACAUUGCAUAUAUUUGUCGACGGUGCCAAAGAACCUAUACGUCUAACGAAAAUCAGUUUACAAUCUACAGUUGCACAUAUUCUGUUUCAAUUAUUAGAAAUCACUCGAUUUGAUUACGAUCGAUCCAUACUUAAAUUACGUGCACGGGAAGAAUACUUACGGAACGAAGAUGUUCUUUGUGAUAUCGAAUAUGUUUAUGAUUGUAUUAAUUCAUUGAAACAGUUACAAUUUGUUCUUGUACAGAAACCAACAUAUUCAUCACAAAAUCAAGAGGAACAAACGAAUUACGCUAGCUUUGAACAAUUCUAUCUAGACCAACAGGAGAAAACUCAUCAUACUUUAACCUCAUCACUUGAUAUACCAACUGGAUCGCCAACAACUAAAAAAUCUAGAUCUUCACAUGGACUAUCAAGUCUACAUCGAACAAAAUCUUUGAAUACAACCAAACAGGCAGCAUAUUCUCAUCAAGCACACAUAGCGCAUUCAUCCAAUGCACCAUUUCUCGCGUCCGAUCCUCGUUGGUUAAAUGAAUUUCGUAAGGAUAUCAAUCAUAUUCUUUCCCAAAUUGAACAACGCUUCAAUCGUCUCGUCAUAUCUCAACAAUCAAAACUAUCCAUUAGUGAACAAAUCAAAACGAUCAAUGAAUUGAUUGGUUUCAUCCGAAACAUUCAAGUCACAUGUUCAUACAUUGAGUCUUCGUUGAUUGUCGAGAAACAGCGUGAAUUGAAAAUUUAUGCCGAUCAAUUGAUAAGAAAAUCUCAAACUAAUCGUGAACAACAACUGUCGCCAAAUACACAUCAAAAUUUAACGAGAUUAUUAUACGAUCUUCUGAUUACACUUGUAAAUUACAUUCAAACGUAUUGUUAUGCAUAUUUGAUUCCUUACGAAGUAGAAUUGUACGAUAAUGAGAACCAAACAAUCAAUAUCGAACAAUUAAAAUAUCCGCCCACGACGGAACCUGUGAUACCACGUCCAAUAACCGAAUCUUCCGAUCCAUUCAGCGUUUAUAUCGAUAGUCUAUUUUCCAUUCCACCAGAUUCGAGUAUAAAAACACUUCGUGUUGUCGUUCGUCUUUGUUAUGGAAACGAAACCAAAGCACGAGGUAUGAGCGAAGCGAAGUCAACUGUCCGGGAUAGUUAUCAUAGUGAGAAUGUUUCACUAAAACCACAAGUUCGUUUCGAUCAAUGGAUUUCAUUCGACGACGCUUGUCAUUGUGCAUUACAACGCGAAGCACUUCUACUGUUUGAAGUCUUUGCCAGUUUUGCCGAUGAACUCGAAUUAUCUUCAUCACAUUUCUAUGAAGUAUUUGAUGGUGUGCCUAUGCGUCUGAUUGGUUGGUGUUCUCAAGCCUUAUUUGACGAUGAUCAUCAUCUGAUCACUGGUGAACGAUACUUAGGUGUUUUCGAUGCAGUAACUACGAGUCGAACUGGUUUUUAUUCGCUAAGAAAUGUGUUUGAACGGAAUUGUCCAAUAUUGAGUGUGUCAUUUCUCGAUCAAGCUUUCGUUCUACCUGAAGUACAGGCUCGAAAUGAUAUGCAUACAGUGAAUUUCAAUGAAAUAAGUCGAGAUAAACAAGAAAUAUUAUCUCGAUUGCUUAAACGACCAAGUCUAUUAUUAGUUGAUCAUAGUGUUAUGAUUGUAAAUGAUCAUCGAAAACAAACAUUUCCAAUGAACACGUCGGAUGAAGAACGUGAGUUUUCCAUUGACGAAUGUCAUUUUCUCUGGUCACAUCGUCAUGUCGUCAUUCGCAAAUCAUACGCUCUACCAAAAUUACUCAAAUCUCGUACUGUAUGGGAUUAUCCAAGUUUAAUCGACAUUUAUGCACUUCUCAACGAAGUUACACACGACCGUACCGUUGAUGAAAUCGAAUCUUUAGAACUUCUCCUUCCAGCAUUUCCUGACAUGCAUAUCCGCGAAUUUGCCUACCGAUCCUUAAUAUCAUGUUUAACACCAGCAGAUCUUUUGAUCUAUCUACCGCAAUUAUUACAAAUAAUCAAAUUUGAUUAUACUUACUCUUCGAUCCUUAUCGAAUACUUACUCAAGCAAUCUCUUAAUGACCAUUGUCUAGCACACAAAUUAUACUGGCAUUUACGACAGUUACUCAUAACCGAGCACUUGCAUUAUAUACGGUAUUAUUAUCUAUUUCUUUCGCUACUCUACGUUUUAGACGACAACUUUCGUGCCGAAUUACAACAUGAAUAUGAUUUAUGUUUGAAUUUAAAACGGAUUGGAGUGAAACUCAAAGGCUAUAAAUCGAGUAAUAAAGGAAAUUUUCUAGUCGAACAAUUCAAAGAGAUCAACAAUGAAUUCUUCCAAUCGAGGAAGUUAACGUGUCGUUUACCGUGUCAAUUUAAUUUUAUGACGAAUAAUUUGGAUAUUCCUUCGUGUUCAUUUUAUAAUUCCUUAACUGUACCAAUAAAACUGGUUUUUAAUCCGACGGAUUCAUCAUGCGAGAAAUAUUACUCAAUUUACAAAAUCGGUGACGAUUUGCGGCAAGAUCAAAUCGUUCUUCAGUUGUUUUCAUGUAUGGAUCGGAUCUGGAAAGGCAACGAUUUCGACUUUCGUUUGAGCUUAUUCAAUGUUGUGCAAACACAAGAACGUUGUGGAUUCAUCGAAAUGGUCACCGAGAGUGAAACAUUGAGAGAAAUUGAAUCGCGUUCAGGUACAAUUAAAGGAUCAUUUGGCGAAUCUGCUCUCUAUGAUUGGCUACGUUUACACAACACCACAGAGCGAGAAUUUCGUACGGCAAUUGAAAAUCUCACAUACUCAUGUGCGGCAUAUUGUGUCGCAACAUAUAUACUAGGUAUUGGUGAUCGGCAUAAUGAUAACAUUAUGGUUAAACAAUCGGGACAUUUGUUUCACAUUGAUUUUGGAAAGUAUCUCGGCGAUACGCAGAAAUUCGGUUGGUUCAAUCGUGAUCGUGCUCCAUUUGUGUUUACGAAACAAAUGUUAUAUGCCAUGUCCGACGGUGGUACAUCGAAUGAUGCAUUACAUCGUUUUGUUGAUCUAUGCUGCAAUGCGUUCUGCACGAUUCGACAAAAUUCGUCUUUACUUCUCUUGCUUCUUUCACAUUUGUGUUCGUCAAAUGUCGCCAAUCUCAAUUACGAUGCCGUUCGAUUUGUCUACGAUCGUCUGUCGCCCUCGGCAACCUACGCUGACAGUAUCACGAAUUUUACGGAAUUAAUCGUCGAUAGUUUGAAUUCAACUUGGACAACAUUGAACUUUCUCAUUCAUGCAUUCGCACAAACAACAAGCUCAGCGAGUUCAUCAAACGCGAUUCCGAUGGGAUCAACAUUAUCAUUUGUACCGAAAACAUAUACUAUAGCAACAGAUGGAAAGAUCAAAUGCGGUCAAGUCGUCAGUUACGAAAAACGAACUCAUCCAAAUAAACAUUACGUAUACAAAGUCAGAGUUGAACGUGAAAAUCUAAACGAUUCCACAAUGAUUCAUUAUCAAAAUAGUAAAAGUUUAUAUAGUACAUAUCAUUAUCGUACUUACAAUGAAUUCUAUGAAUUUUUCGAACGCUUAAAUAAGCAAUUUCCGCUGGUUAAUCUCGAUUUGAAAUUUACUCGUCAAGCAGAAGAUAAAAUGGUCGCGCAACGACGCGUUAGUGAUAUCAAUGACUUUCUCGGAAAAUUAUUCCAUCUAACAACUGAAGUUAUCGAAUCUGAUCUUGUCAUAACAUUCUUCCAUCAAAUCCAACAAGAUCAACAGAUAAAUGAUACCAAAGAAAAAUCUCAUGAUGAUUUUGCAUCGCGUUCGAUGUAUGACAAUCCUUCGAAUAGCCAAACUAAAAUUCGCAUACAGUUGAGAUACGAUGCUGGUAAAUUAUUUGUCAUGGUUCGUUAUGCGAACAAUUUGCCAUUGAUUAGUGGUAACGAUCCGAAUCCGUAUUGUAAAUGCUAUCUGUUUCCGGAUGAAUGUAAAUCAACAAAACAAAAAGGAAAAACGAUUAUGAAUACGAGAAAUCCGAUUUUUAAUGAUACGUUUACGUACCAAAUGGAAUUAUCCGAAAUUCAGAAACGUCUUCUUCGCGUCAGUGUUUGGAACAAUGUGCUAACGAGCGGUAAUCGUGCAUUAGGUGAAGUCGAUAUAGUUCUUUCUCAAAUCGAUUGGUCGAAAGAAAACGCUCGUGACUAUACAUUUUCAUCCAGCAUUGAUACAUAUUUCAUGUCGAUGUAUCGUUAUCCACGGACAACAACUGACGUUCUUAGUUUACGUUUCAAUCAAGAUUCAAGUUGUUUCAUCUGUGCCACAAGUGAUGGUAUCCGAAUAUUCAAUGUCGAACCGUUUGCUCAAAAGAGUUUCCUUGAUGUGGAUCGUGUCACUUAUGCAGAAAUGCUCUAUCGCACAAAUUUAAUCGCAUAUGUACCUGCUGAUCGUGUUACUGGUUUACCAUCAAAUGUUGUUAAUGUGUACGAUGAUGAACGAAAGACACAUGUGCUUGAACUGUGUUUUAGUCUACCUGUUGUUUCUAUCCGAAUGUCACGAACAAGACUGAUUGUUGUACUUGUCAGUAAGGUGCAUAUUUUCUCGUUUCCAAAUCAAUGUCGACUUUUACAUACAAUUGAGACAAGAGACAAUCCGAGAGGACUUUGUGAACUUUCCAAUAAUGAUGGAUCAUUAUUAGUUUUUCCUUUCAAUGCAAAGGUAAAAGGUGGCUUUGUACAGUUUCUAAAUAUGAACGGAAUCGAAAAUGAUAUGUCGUAUAAUCCACGAAUAAUACAAGCUCAUACGAGUGAACUAGCAGCGAUCGCUCUAAAUCCAGUCGGAACGUUGUUAGCUACUGCUUCCAAACGAGGAACGUUGAUACGUGUGUUUUCAACGACAGGCUUAUGUGAAAAGUUAUAUGAAUUUCGUCGUGGAUCGGACACCGCUGAUAUCCAUAGCAUAGCCUUUAGUUUUGAUUCCAGUUUUCUCUGCGUGUCAAGUGACAAAGGCACCGUUCAUUUAUACGGAAUACGUGAUCCGAAAUUGAAUCGAAUGGUUUCAAUUCAACAUGCGCUAAAUGAAGCUUUUGGUGAUUUAUGCAGUUUUAAAGUCGCUAUUGAAUGGCCAUGCAUAUGUGCAUUCUCCGGUCCUAGUCAUGUUGUUGCCGCAAGUUUUGAUGGCACAUUUCAUAAGCAUAUCUUUACUACCGAUGGAAAAUGUAAUCGCGAAGAAUUCGAACUCUAUUUAGAUGGAAUGGAUGGAUGUGAUUUUUAA